AUGUUAUCUUUAUGUGAAAUUUCCGCAUUUCUGACCAAACUCAGAGAUCUUCACAAUGAAAAUCAACGGUUUGGAUGGUCUUGUUUAGACAAACAGCUUCCAGAUGGAAAUCAAACAGUUGCAGGUCUUCACUUGAGCGACAUUUUUACACCUACAACAGACAUUGAGCAACCAGAAGAAGAUGAAGACAAAAUCUCAUAA